AUGUCGGAGGACUGGAAGAGGGUGGAUGGUGAGUUGAAGCGAGGCAGAAAGAAGGGCACGAGGUGCAAACCCGAACCGACCUACGAAAUACAAGCAGAGUACUUUGUCGUUUGGGUCAAGGGGCGUGCAAGAGGGAGAGCGGUUGUGGUGGAGGAGGAGGAGGAGGAGGAGGACAGCAGCAUGGACGGGACGGAGGCAGCCACCUCAGAGAGCCCCCCUCAUGACGCAACAGAUACUCCAGCCCAGCAGCAGGUGAACAGUGUGGAGGUGGUUACCACUGAGGGUCCGGGGGAGGCCGAGGAGAAGCCCCACUCUCCCCACGUCCAGAGCCCUCAGACUGGGGAUGCAGCCGAACCCUCCGCCGCUGGCCCUGCUACUACCCGAGGAGCCAAAAGCAGUGAGCAGCUCUGUGCCUUCUGUUACUGUGACGGCCGAAGUCUGCUGGGUCAGGGGGAUCUCCGAGUGUUUGACUCCUCGCCUGGACACGAGCGCAAAGCGACAGGCGGAGUAGGCCACUCCAGCGACCACAGGAAGGCCAGCAAAGGCCAAGGCGGCGCCGACAGCGGUGGUGACAGAACAACUAAGCCCAGUGACUCGGCCGGAGAGGUCAGCUCAGGACAGAGGGACACACAGAAUGGAGCUGAGAGCUAUGGGGAGUUACCAGACCCAGACAAGGCCAGCAGGUUCUGGGAUGAGCUGGCUCAUGUGGGCCUCCCAGGAGACGUGGACAUCCAGUCUCUCUUUGAGGAGUCGGGGCAGUGCUGGGCACAUCACCGCUGUGCGUUAUGGUCGCAGGGUGUGUGCGUGGGCGAGGGACAAUCACUGCUCAACGUGGACAGAUCCAUCGACUCAGGUAGCACAGAGCACUGUGCGUACUGUAAGCGCCUUGGAGCCUCCAUCAAGUGCUGUGCUGAAGGAUGUGCUCGACUGUACCAUUUCCCAUGUGCGGGGGCGGCAGGGACUUUUCAGGAUAUCAGGAGUCUCUCCCUCCUCUGUCCAGAUCAUAUAGAACUGGCCAUCAGCAGAUUUCCAGACGACUUUAUCUGUGCACUGUGUGACAGCCCUGGGGAGCUCCCUGACCAGCUCUUCUGUACCAGCUGUGGGCAGCACUACCACGGGGCCUGCCUGGACAUGGCUGUGACUCCGCUGAGGAGAGCCGGCUGGCAGUGCCCCGAGUGCAAGGUCUGCCAGACAUGCAAGAACCCAGGGGAGGACGAUAAGAUGUUGGUGUGUGACAUGUGUGACAAAGGCUACCACACCUUCUGCCUGCAACCGGCCAUCGACGACAUCCCUACCAACGGAUGGAGGUGUAAGAACUGCAGAGUGUGUGUCCAGUGCGGCACCAGGACCAGCGGUCAGUGGCACCACACCAGUCUGCUGUGUGAGACCUGUGUCCAACAUCAGGACCCCAGCCUUAGCUGUACGCUAUGUGCCUGUAUCCUGGACCCAGAGCACCACAAAGACCUGCUGUCCUGCCACAGUUGUAAAAGAUGGCUCCACCUGGAGUGUGAGCGCCAGUCGUCAGGCCAUGCAGACAUCCAGCCCAGCCAGGGCUAUGUGUGUUCAAGCUGCAGGCCUACUGGGUCACAACCACAACAGGCCCCACCACAGGUAGAGGAGGAGGAGGAGGUGGUGCCGGAGAAGGACACUGGAGGCCUAGAGCUGAGCCCACAGACUGCUACUCAGAGCCACACAGACUCAGAACCGGUGGUUUUAAUGCACACCGAUCUAGAACCUGGUCUGAAGCAGCUGAGGUCUCCUCCAGUGCAUAAUGAUCCAGAACCGGGAUUACAACCAGUUCCAAUGCACACAGAUACAGAACCAGAGCCCCAGCCAAAGCCUAUCCAAGCCACCGCCGCUGUCUGUGAUAACGGCCAUGAGGAGAGGCAGCCACAGCAGGGUACAUCAGACCAUCAGCCCGGCGUCUCAGUGGGAGCAGCUGCUGUGGAGCAAGGGACUGAUGAGGUCUCUAUCAACAAGGACCUGAGCCAGUUACAUCCAGAAAUGCAACCAGCAGCGGAGACCCAUGUUCCUUCAACAAAGAGUCCUGAGUCUCCCAGGCUGACCAAGCAGGAGCCUGAGAAACAACCCCUGCCAGCCCAGGUGUCAAGAGAGCCAGAGCAGCCACAUGAUAUAACAGGACUGACCAAGCCAGUAAAGACAGAACCCUCCUCUGAAAACAGGGCGUUGAAACCCAGCACAGAGGGCAUCAUGGCCAUGACCCCACCCACCACCACCAAAGAACCAAGUACUGUGUCCGUAAUCAUCAAGGAAGAACCCAUGGAGGUGUCAGCUUCUGAUAAUUCAGGAGUAGAACAAGUGGAAGGUCCUUCUAGUCUGGAGACAGCAGUGAAGGCUAGGAGGGAGAGGAAAGGGGAACCUAUGUCUGAGGUACUGGCUGGUGGGGCUUUGGAGGGGGCCUGCGCCUUGGACGAGAUGGACACCACCCCCGAGACUGAGAGCAAGCCUAACCUCUCCCACCUCAGUCCCCCCAUCGAGGAGAAGCCCUACAAGACAUCCAUGGAAAGACUGGCAGAGAUGGCUGCCUCUCCUACCCACUCCUCCCCUAGGACCAUGGGGCCCUCUCCUAGGGAGCCUCCCCUCCACGCCCACCCUGCCCCGGGGGAACACAGCAGCAGCGUCCCCUCCACCACCCUCAUACUUCUCACCCCUAAGAUCGGCAUGGGCAAGCCAGCCAUCUCCAAGAGGAAGUUCUCCCCAGGCAGACCCAGGGUGAAGCAGGGCGCAUGGCAUGGGAGCCCCCAUAGCAGUGUGAGCUCCCCCUCCUGGUCUCCAGACCAGCCAGAGGGGUGGAACGUCCCAAAGACCAGGCAGCUCUCGUCCGGCUGCGGCAGCCCUGCCUGGAGCAUCAGAGUGGUAAAUAACGGCUCUCUCUGGGGACCAGACCUCCAGAACCACCACGGUCGAGGGUCAGGCUUCCCCGGGAGGAGGCGACCCAGAGGGGCUGGUCUGUCGGGCAGAGGGGGUCGGGGCCGAGCGAGAGGGAAGAAUGGAGCCAGUCCCACAGUCAACCCUGGGGUCAACACCAUGGAAUCACCAUACCAGGUGAAGGAGGAAGAGGAGAAUGCCAUGCACAACACCGUGGUCAUAUUCUCCAGCAACGACAGCUUCACAUUGAAGCAGGACAUGUGUGUGGUGUGUGGGAGUUUUGGGCUGGGUGCAGAGGGUCGUCUUCUGGCCUGUGCCCAGUGUGGGCAGUGCUACCACCCCUUCUGUGUUGGCAUCAAGAUCACCAAGGUGGUGUUGAAUAAAGGCUGGCGCUGUCUGGAGUGUACAGUGUGCGAGGCGUGUGGCCAGGCCACCGACCCGGGCCGUCUGCUGCUGUGUGACGACUGUGACAUCAGCUAUCACACCUACUGCCUGGACCCUCCGCUGCAGAACGUUCCCAAGGACAGCUGGAAGUGCAAAUGGUGUGUGUCCUGUACCCAGUGUGGUGCCACCUCGCCAGGCCUGAGGUGUGAGUGGCAGAAUAAUUACACCCAGUGCGCCCCCUGUGGCAGCCUGGCGAUGUGCCCCUUCUGUCUCCAGGACUACAGCGAGGGAGAGAUCGUGGUGCAGUGCCGCCAAUGCGACAGGUGGAUACAUAGUUCCUGCCAGGGUCUCCAUUCAGAGGAGGAUGUGGAGAAAGCAGCAGACAGCAGCUUUGACUGCACCAUGUGCCGAGUCCACAAGGCCUCCAAGGCGCCUGUGUCCAAGGCCAGAGAGUCCAUUGAACCGGCAGUUAUGACGCAGAUUCUCACAAAAGCUAAAGACAUGGACUUGGUCAGGACGUACACUCAGGAUGGCGUGUGUCUUACGGAGUCAGGCUUGUGUCAGCUCAAGAGCCUGACGGCACCUGCGUCGCGGCGUAGGAAACCCAAGCCCAAGCUGAAGCUGAAGAUCAUCAACCAGAACAGUGUUGCAGUGCUGCAGGCCCCCCUGGACCUGCUGUCAGAACACUCCCGGGAUGAGGACAUGGAGGACCACAGAGAUGCGGACCUCUCUCUGGACUGCGAGGGGAAGUCGGACUCGAGCCCAGAGCGAGAGCCAGCAGAAGAUGAGUCCAAGGGGGCAGACGGCAGCAAAAAGAGGAAGAGGAAGCCAUACCGGCCGGGCAUCGGUGGCUUCAUGGUGCGCCAGCGGAGCCGUCCAGGCCAGGGCCCAGGCAAGGCCAAACGAUCCCUGAGCAGGAAGGAUUCGUCUGGCUCGGUCUCUGAACCCCCCACAGGAAAAGAGGAGGGCUGGGGAGAGAUGCUGCCUGAUAACCCUGUGGAUGAGACGCCACCUGGGCCAGAUAUCCCAGAGAAGAUCAAGAAACGAUAUAGGAAGAAGAAAACCAAGCUAGAGGAGGCCUUUCCCACCUACCUGCAGGAGGCGUUCUUCGGUAAGGACCUGCUGGAUAAGAGCAAGCAGAGCAGGCAGCAAGCGGUGGAGUCUGGGCUGCUAGAGGAGGGCCGAGCUGGAACCGGGCCCCAGGGGGACAGGAAGCAUCCCACCACCAGCAUCCUGGACCCAUCCUCAGAUCCCCUGCUCAGUGCCGCCUCAGCCUCGUCCAGACCAGACGGACCACCAGGAUCACAGCCCUCUGAGGAACCUCUAGUGGAUCUGUCUGAGGUUCUCAACACGGAUGCAGACCUCCUGAGGAUGCUGGGGAAACAGACUGGUGACUCUGCUGGUCUGGACAUUGGGCCCUUGACAGACCGCUCCCCAGCGCGCGCCCAUUCUCAGUCUGGCCGCCGGACUCCCCGUACGCUCCCAGAUGAACAUCUGGACGGGAUCUUCAGCCCAGAGCUGGAGAUGGCUGACGAGCUGGAAGGGAAGGACGUGGAGGACCUCUUCACUGCCGUCCUGAGCCCCAGCACCAGCCAUCCACCACAGAUGCCUCAACCCCACGGCCCACCUGGGGAACCAGGAACCAGCCUGGCACACCCUCACGCAGGGAAUGCCAUGUUUCCACGGAUGCCAAUGAUGAACGGGCUGAUGGGACCUAACCAACGAUUCCCUCUGAAUCCGUCCAAUCCCGGAGCAGGACCCUGUAUCCCAGACAAUUUCUCUCCCCUCCACCGCAUGCCUUUUACUGACAAUCCAAGGGACAGGACGUUUAAUCAGAUGGCCAGAGAGGCGGUGAGUCCGUGGCAGGGGGCUCCUGUUCUUGUCCAUGGAGGCCCAGGCCUCACCCCUCCUCCUGGGCCUGGGCCUGAGGGGGGUGAGGCAGAGGCCAUGUCCAACGCCCAGAGGAGCACACUGAAGUGGGAGAAGGAGGAGACGCUGGGGGAGCUAGCAACUGUAGCCCCUGUCCUUUACACCAACGUCAACUUCCCCAGCCUUAAGGAUGAGUUCCCAGACUGGUCUACAAGAGUCAAACAGAUUGCAAAGCUAUGGAGGAAAGCAAGUUCUCAAGACAGGGCCCCAUAUGUGCAAAAAGCAAGGGACAACCGGGCUGCUCUGCGCAUCAACAAGGUCCAGAUGUCCAACGAGAGUCUGAAGAGGCAGCAGUCGCAGCAGAUUCCCCUGUCCCAGCAGCCUCCCGUCUCACUGCAACUCCCCGACGAGGUGUUUGACCCCAACAUACCUCUAGACACAGACUUGCUCUUUAAGGACCCUUUGAAACCCAAAGAGUCAGAGCAUGAGCAAGAGUGGAAGUUUAGACAGCAAAUGAGACAGAAAAGCAGGCAGCAAGCCAAGAUCGAAGCCACCCAGAAGCUGGAGCAGGUGAAGAACGAGCAGCUGCAGCAGCAGCAACAGCAGUCAGGCAGCCAGUCGGAGGGAGACGGUAACAACAGUAGCAACCAGAGCCCUUCCUCCCAGCACGGCAGCAACGGCAGCAUGUCCCCCAUGCAGCACAGCACCGGAGGUAAAGAGGGCUUCCUCCGACAUCAACUGACAGGGACGCCCACCUCAGGGCCCCCCGAAGACGUGUUUCUGCGGCCCCCUCCUCCCCCUCCCUCAGGGGGUUCCUCUCAGCCCCAGUCCCCCCAGGUGUUCUCCCCUGGCUCCUCCGGCUCCAGACCCUCCUCUCCCUGUGACCCUUACGCUAAGAUGGUGGGCACCCCCAGGCCUCCAACUCUAGGAUCCGGCGCAAGCCGCAGAAUGUCCAUGGAGUCUGGCAAGUCUCCCACCUCUCUGAUGGAUCAGCAGGACAGAGGGAGGCUCACAUCUCCCGCUCAUGAGGCUUUUGGUUCGCCCACUUCCAUGAGUAGGGAGAUGGAUCCCUAUGCCAAGCCCCCUGACACCCCCAGGCCUGUUGCUGCGGACAUGGACCCCUUCCUAAAGCCUAUGGGCCCACCCAGAGUCAACCAGGGUCCUCAGGGGAGGCCCCCGAUGGGCUCUCCAGUGCGGGGAGACCCUUACUCCAGACCCAUGAUCCGCCAAGAGGCCUACCAACGGAUGGCUCAAAACAGGAUGAUCCUGUCAGACCCUUACUCUAGACCUCUGUUAGCUCCCAUCCCGGGAAGCAACGAGCAGGGCUCAGUGCCUCAGUCUCUAUUCAAGACCCCCAUGCCUCCGCCCCAGGCCCAGGACCCCUUCAACAGACCAAUGGGACACCUGUCAGACAGAUUCUCUCAGCAGGGAGACCCCUACUCUCAGGCCUCUCUUACUCCACGACCCCACGACAGUUUCACCAGUCCACCCAGGAUGGCCCAGCACCAUCCCCUGGGCCACCCCUUCCCCCAGCCCGGCCCAAUAGCACAGUUACCUAACAGAAACCCUUACGCUCAUGCUCCCUCUACCCCAAGGCCCGACCACUUCACAUAUGACCCCUUCACCCAGCCCCCUGGAAACCCAAGACCCUCUUCAGACCCCUAUGCUCAGAUGUCAGGUACCACUCGACCCAUGAAUGACCCCAGUUGCCAACUUCCUGGAAACAGACCGUUCUUUGAGUCCAGCUACGCUCGACCUCCAGGAACCCCUCGCCCACACGACAACUACGGUCAGUCUUCGGACCCUUACUCCCAGCAGCCCAACACUCCUGGCCCUGGCAUGAACCAGUUCCCUCACCCACACCCCCAAGCACCUGGUCAGAGGAUGUCCCCCGGGCACUCCAUGGACCCCUACGCCCAGCAACCUGGUACCCCUCGGCCCCCCAUGGGAGAGAGGUUCUCCAAGUCCCCAGGCAGCCAGAGGCUAGCCCCCAUGGAUCCCUAUGCUAGCCAACCUGGAACCCCCAGGCCUAUGAGUGGUGACAUGUUCUCCCAGACCCCCAGGCCGAUGCUGAGUGACCCGUACGCCCAAGCUCCAGGAACCCCCCGGCCAGGGAUGGGGCCUGACGGGCUGGGCAGACUGCAGGGGCAGAGGCCUGGUCCCAUGGGGAACCAGCAGGACCCUUUCUCCACUCAAGGCGUUAGGCCCCAAGACGCUCCCUUCCCGCACCCUGGGUCACAGACACCAAAGCAUCACGGUGGGAUGGCCGAUGAUGGAUUCUCUCCGUCACCAUCCAGACGUCCCAACCAGACGCCUGUCCAUGAUCCUUAUGAGCAGGCACCCAUCCCCCCCUGUCCACAGCCAGCAGAAAGACUGGAGAUGAAGGAGCAGCAAGGCCAGGACCCUGGAGGACAGCUGCAAAGACCCUCCCAGAUGCCUGGAACCUCCUCUGAGGUUCAGAGUGUCUCCCUGGCCGACAGUGAGGAGAGACUCAGACAGCGUCAACGCAUCCGAGAGCUGAUCCUGAAGCAGCAGCAGCAGAGGAGUGCCAUCCGCCAGGAGAACGCUGGUAACAUGGCCCCUGGCACCCCUCGACCCUGGCCCCAUGAGGGCCACGGACAGCAGUGCGAGAUAUUCAGUCGGCCCCCUCCACCCUACCCUGGGCAAGGACCCAUGAGGUUCCCUGGACCCUUCCCAGGGGACCAGCGUGGCCCUUUCCCUAAUGAGGGCCAGUUCCCCAGAGGACAACAUCCUGGGGAUCCUAAUAUCAGACAUCAGGGGCCAAGGUUUGCAUUUCCACCUGGUGGGCCGGGACCUCACGGAGGACAGGAGUUCUUCCUCAGAGGCCCCCACCCCAUGCAGGACAUCCACCCGGGGAUGAGACGCUCUCUGUCCGUGGACAUGGCCAAGUCCGUGGGGGGCAACCCCAACCCUUUGGGGCUGCCACAGCAUUUCCCUCCUCGCGGCCUGCCAAUGCAGCAGCACAACAUCAUGGGUCAGCCUUUCAUCGAGCUGAGACACAGAGCCCCUGACAGCAGACUUCGCCUCCCCUUCGGUCCCAACGCUAUGGAUCAAUGUCCCAACAUGGAUCCCAACCUCCAGCCCCAAAGGCCUCCUGGUUUCAUGGGAGGGCCUGAGUUCAGGUUCCCUCCAGGUAUGAACCAAGAUGGCCCCAGGAUGAUGAUGGAUUCCAUGGUGAACCAGCAGGUUGGCCAGAGCCAGCUGUCCUCUAGCAUGGAGAACCUCCACCAGCAGCAGCAGGCUCAGAUGCAAGGGGGCACCAUGCCCAGGCAAGCCCAGCUGAUGAGGUCCAUGAGCCAGCCAGCUUCGAACGAGUCCCAGAGUAUGUCAGCUUCUUCCAUGAUGACGCCAGGGCCAUCUGUUGGACACACUGAUGAUCAGGGAGUCUCCAUGGCUAACAACCACGAUGGAGUGGAGGAGAAACUGGACACCGUCGAAUCGGCUGUCAAAGACCUGGAAGACGUGGAGGUAAAGGACCUGGUCGAUGCCGAUCUGGACAACCUAAACCUGGAUCCGGAAGAAGAAGACGGCAAAGACCUGGACCUGGAGACCAAUGAUUUGCACCUGGAUGACUUCCUGACAUCAGGGAAGUUCGACAUCAUCGCGUACACCGACCCUGACCUGAACGAUAUCAAGAAGGACAUGUUCAACGAGGAGUUGGAGCUUAGUGACCCCAUGGAAGACCACAGUGAUGCCUCAGACUUCCAGAAGGCUUUGUCUGAGAAGAGGAACUUCCACUCUAGCUGUGGUGGUGCUGCAUCUUCCUUCUCUAAUUUAACAUCUGGAAUGGGGAAGUCAGAGGGAACGGCCGAGAAGUAUUCCUCGUCAGCUGACGUCAAACAGGAAGUGAGCUGUACACAAAGCGCCGCUUCCUCUCUGCCCUCGAAGCAGAAGAUCAAAAUGGUAGACGGAGACAACCUGUCCCAGACGUCCAAUGGCAGGACGGACCAGCAAGCAGACGGAAACACUAACAACCAAUCAGGAGUGCUCUCUGACUCCACCCCAGUCCUCUCUAGCUUACUAAUCAAGCAGCAGCCAGAGGACUCCUCCUCUGACAAUCAAGGCAGUGGUAACUCUAUGGCACAGCCAAACCAAGAUGCUCAGAACAACUCCCAAACCAUGGAUCCCACUAGCAGGGGAGAAGGAGAAGUAGAAACAUCCAUGUCUACCUUUGAGAUAGACCAGAGUGGGUUGACCCCAGCUCAGCAGGCCCUGUUGGUCCAGACGUUGGGCCAGGUGGGGCCAGGGGGGCACAGACCCCUGCUGCUGGAGGAGCAGCCCCUCCUCCUACAGGACCUGCUGGACCAGGAGAGGCAGGAGCAGCAGCAGCAGAGGCAGAUGCAGGCCAUGAUCCGACAACGCUCCUCCAGUGACUCCUUCUUCCCCAACAUCGAUUUUGACGCAAUCACUGACCCUAUUAUGAAAGCAAAGAUGGUCGCUCUGAAAGGCAUCAACAAAGUCAUGGUUCAAAACAACAUGGGAAUGACACCGAUGGUCAUGAACAGGUUUCCACCUGGUGCUGCAGCACCGUGUCCUGAAAGCGCCUCUGCUCCUCCACAGGCCGUUGGACAGGAUGGCAAGCUGACACCCGCGGUGGCAAGGCCCAACCCUCCGAGUUUUGGAUCAGAUUUUGUCAAUAAUGCUCAGAAGGCUCAGUACGAGGAGUGGCUCCAGGAGACCCAGCAGCUGCUCCAGAUGCAGCAGAAGUUUCUGGAGGAGAAGAUCGGAGCCCACAGGAAGGCCAAGAAGGCCCUGUGCGCCAAGCAGCGCACAGCCAAGAAGGCUGGGAGGGAGUUUGCUGAGGAGGACGCAGAGCAGCUCAAACAUGUCACAGAGCAGCAGAGUGUAGUCCAGAAACAGCUGGAGCAGAUCCGGAAGCAGCAGAAAGAGCACGCCGAACUGAUCGAGGAGUAUCAAGUGAAGCAGCAGCAGCAGGGUGGCAGUGGCAUGCCUCCCACUGUGAUGCCAGCGACUGUGCCAGGGAUGCCACCAAUGCAGGGUGUUCCUGGUUGCAAGGUACCAAGCGGGCCUCCGAUGAACCAACAGCCACCUAUGAACCCCAUGAUGCAUCAGGUGCCACUACAUCCAGGCCAGCCGAACGCCCCUCCACAACACAUGCCGAUAACCAACCAACCAGGCUGGCAUCCUGGAGCUCCCAUGCCCAUUGGUGGCCCCAAUAUACCCCCUCAGAUUCCCAUGGGAAACCCAGCUCAGCAGCCCUCCCAGAUGCCCCAGCAGAUGCCUCCCCAGAUGCCCCAGCAGAUCCCCAUAGAAAACCAACCUCAGACUCAACCCGGUGGGGUCACAACCCCACAGGGCUCUGGUUUGAAGUUUGACGACAACAACCCGUUCAGCGAGGGCUUCCAGGAGAGAGAGCGCAGGGAGAGGCUGAGAGAGCAGCAGGAGAGGCAGAGGGUCCAGCUGAUGCAGGAGGUAGAGCGCCAACGGGCACUGAAACAACGCAUGGAGAUGGAACAGCAAGGCUUGCUGGGGCCCGACGGUGGGAACAUGGCGCCCAUCUCACAGAUGCCGUUCUUCAAUGCCGAGCUGCCCCAGGACUUCAUGCAGCCACAGAGGCUACAACUACCCCAACAGCAGCAGCAGUUGGGACCGAUGUUUCCCCAGCAGCAGUCCAUGCAGUCAGGGAUGGGCUCUCCUCCUGGGGUCUACAUGCAAGGCGGUGACCGGAGGGCCAUGAUGAGUAACGGGAUGCUUCCUCAGGACAUGGGGCCUGGUGGUUUUGGGCCUGAUACCAUGGGUCUACAGGGAGCUAACUUCUCCCAGGGUCCACCCAAACCCAGGAGGUUCAGUGGGCCAGGCAUGAUGCCUCAGAUGCCCGGAGAAGGCCCCCCGUUUGGCGGAGACUCCUCCAUCACACCCCUGCCUUCCAACUUCCCCGGCUCGGGUCAGUCUCUGAUCCAGCUCUACUCCAACAUCAUCCCGGAAGAGAAGGGGAAGAAGAAGAGGAACAGAAAGAAGAAGAAAGACAACGACGACGCAGAUUCCGUUAAAACCCCGUCCACGCCGCACUCUGACCUCACAGCCCCUCUGACACCCUGCCGGUCGGACACAUCCUCCACACCCACCAGGAACAACGCCCACCUCUUCGGGGACCAGGACCUCUCCAGGUCCCCCUUACUGGGCUCCUCCACCUCUACCCACAGCCACUCUGAGCUGGAAAGGCAGCUCUCUGGAGAAGGUUUGGGGGUGGGUGGUGGUGGGCAGCCUGGAGGGAUGAGCAGCCUCCCAUCAGAUGUCGCCAGGGCCCAGGCUCUGGAGCAGGAGCGCAUCCUCAGCAACAUCAAGCUGGAGCAGACUGAGAGCACCGAGUGCGCCUCAUCCGACAUGUGCUCAGGGAUGGGCAUAGUAAAGGAGGAGGGUGGACCUGCAGCACAGAGCCCCUCGCACGGUGGGGGAGCCAAGGGGGAGUCUGGGGGUAAUAACGAGCUCCUCAAACACCUGUUGAAGAACAAGCAGACACCUCUUAAUGGACCAGGGCUUCCCCACCAACGGACAGACGAGAGCCUGAGGUUUGAGGAGGAGGAGGAGGUGGCUACGGACUGCAAGGCCCUGCUGCUGAGGCAGAGCUCCAUGGACAGCAAUGGGGCGUAUUCAGACGGACAGAUGUCUGGCCUGCCAGAGUUCCCAGGACCGCUGCUAGCAGGACAGGAGAAAAAGAAAGGCAGGAACAAGAGGACCCCCAAGGGAGGGGAGAGGCCCGCCUCUCGCUACAGGAAGAGGAAGAAAGAGGGGGAGGAGAAGCAACUGGUACACUGUAGCACAGAUGCACUAAUGACCCAGCUAAAACAGCAGCUGUCCCUUCUGCCCCUCAUAGAGCCCCUGAUAGGUGUGAACUUUGCCCACUUCGCCCCCUAUGGCAGUGGCCAGCUCAACGGGGAGAACCAUCUGUCUGGGACCUUCGGUAGCGCCGCUCUGGACGGAGUCUCCGACUACUAUUCCCAGCUAGCCUACAAGCAGAACAAUCUGAGCAACCCCCCCACCCCGCCGGCUUCCCUUCCUCCGACUCCUCCACCUGUGAACCGACAGAAGAUGAUCAAUGGCUUUGCCACUACAGAAGAACUGGCCAGCAAAGCUGCUGCUAUGGUUUCUAAAGGUCUGGUCCCCAAGCCGCUCCAUGUCCCAUUCAGGACCGAGGAGGACCUGCUGGCCCGGGCCAUCGCUCAGGGACCUAAAACUGUGGAUGUGCCUGCCUCCCUCCCCACGCCCCCUCACAACAACCAGGAGGAACUCAGCAACAGGCUGGGACAAGAGCAUUGUAAGGAUCGGGACACACCAGACAGUUUCGUCCCGUCUUCGUCUCCUGAAAGUGUGGUUGGCAUGGAGAUCAGCCGCUACCCAAACCUGUCAUUGGUGAAGCAGGAGCCUCGGUCCCCCUGUCUCUCCCCCGUCCUCCCCAUGCUCCCAGCACCCUGGGGGAAAGGGUUAGAGGUUAGGCUGAAGACUGAGCUCAAGACGGAGCCUUCUGGGAUGUUCUUCGGCUCCCAUUUUGGCCCAGCAUCUAACGACACUAAGCCAGGCCUGGUGUCUGUAGCCAUCACCCUGAGACCAGCUGCCGCAGAGAACGUUACUGGUGUGGUAGCAGCCAUCUCAGAUCUGCUGUGUGUGAAGAUCCCCAGCAGCUAUGAGGUCAGCAGCCCCCCUGGCCCAGAUAGGGGGCCCCUGGCCAUGCUCAGCGGCCUGAGGGGGGGCCCCCAGGGAGAUCUUGAGCACCGGCGGCCAGGCGCCCCAAUGAUAUACCCGGGCCGUGGUGGUGCUGGGGACAUGGGGGGCCCGCACCCUCAAGGAGCCCCAGGCCAGCUCAUUAGGUCCCGGGGAGGUGGAGGACCACAGCAGGGGAUGAUGAUGCAACAGCAGCAGGGACAUCCGCAGCAGCACAUCCGCUUCCAUUCUGACGGACCAGGUCCAGCUGCAGUCAGAGGCACUCAUCAGAAAGCCCCCGGCAGCCCAGGCUCCAAGCCCCAGUGGUGCUGUCACUGCAAGGUGGUGGUGCUGGGAAAUGGAGUCUGCAAGUCCAUCAAAGACCUUCCAGUGCACAAACAGCAACAGGAAGGUCUGUUGCGUUCCGAGGGGAACUUGGUAUUCUGCAGCCACAGCUGCUUCCUCCUCUACUCUGCCUCCACCUCCUCCUCUUCCUCCUCACAGGCCAGAAAUACUACAGAUACUAAGGACUCGGUGGCCCUCCUGUCUCCAGACUCAGACCAGAAAGAGAGCCUGUCUAAAGCCCACCACCAGUACAGCAACAACAUGUCCUCUCUGGAUGUCCACUGUCUGGCUCAGCUCCAGCCCAAGCAGUCCCCUCCCUCUACCCCACCCAUUCCCUUCCCCCCAGCCAGUGACACCCCUAAGACCCCUAAGACAGAUGCCAAGUCAGACACCAUCAAAGUGACUGUGAAACUGAAGGCGCGGGGCCCCAGGGCUCACCAGGAGGGCUGGCACCAGGGGAAGAGACACAAGGGUCUCCGCUGGAGGAAGUGGACAGUGCAGGUGGUGGUGCCAAGAGGAAGCUCCCAGCUCCCUGACGAGAACCAGAUAGACGAGCUGCUGAGGAAGCUGGGAGCGUCUCUCCGCCCCGGGGCCAGUCUCAGGGACCAGCGCCGCUGCUGCUUCUGUCACCAGCUGGGGGACGGGGUCACCGAUGGCCCUGCUCGACUCCUCAACCUGGACCUGGACGUGUGGGUGCACCUCAACUGUGCCCUGUGGUCCACCGAGGUGUACGAGACGCAGGCAGGCGCCCUGAUCAACGUGGAGCUUGCGCUGCGGCGGGGUUCAGCGGUCCGCUGUGCCUACUGCCAACAGAUGGGCGCCACCAGCGGCUGCCACCGCCUGCGCUGCACCAACAUCUACCACUUCACCUGCGCCCUGCAGGCACACUGUACCUUCUUCAAGGACAAGACCAUGCUGUGCCACGCCCACAGGCCCAGAGGCUCUGGCUCCGCCCACGGUGUUUCUGGCCUCGUCCUGGAGCACGAGCUGCGCUGCUUCGCGGUGUUCCGCCGCGUCUACGUCCAGAGGGACGAGGUGAGGCAGAUGGCCAGCGCCGUGCAGCAGCCCGAGCUGGGCUACACCUUCAGAGUGGGCAGCUUGGUGCUCCACGCCGUGGGUCAGCUCACCCCGUCCCAGAUGGCCGCCUUCCACUCGACCUCCGCUAUCUUCCCCGUGGGCUACGAGGCCUGCCGCAUCUACUGGAGCAUGCGCCAUGGCAACCGUCGCUGCCGCUACCUGUGCUCUGUGGAGGAGAGGGAGGAGCAGCCGGAGUUCCGCGUCCGCGUCAUCGAGCAGGGAUACAAGGACCUGGUCCUCACUGACUCCACCGCCAAAGGAGUGUGGGAUAAGGUCCUGGGACCUGUUGCUGACAAGAGGACUGAAAUAGGAACUCUAAAACUCUUCCCUGUCUAUCUGAAGGGAGAGGACCUGUUUGGACUUACAGUCUCUGCAGUCACCAAGAUCACUGAAUCGCUCCCAGGGGUGGAGGCCUGUGACAGGUACACCUUCCGUUACGGACGUAACCCUCUGAUGGAGCUGCCCCUGAUCUUCAACCCUUCUGGCAGCGCCCGCGCCAUGCCCAAAACCAGCUCCCCAUUCACUGCCGUUGUCAUAAGGCCCCAGCCAGUAUCCAGAAACACCAGUACCACCUCCAGGUGCCAGAACACAGCCCAGGGAGAGGGAGGCGUCCCCUACACCAAGCCCCCCACGGUGCACCACAGGUCCUCUCAGUACCGCUGGAUGAAGAGUGAGUGGAGGGCCAACGUCUAUCUCGCUGCUUCCAAGAUCCAGGGCCUGGGGCUGUAUGCAGCCAGGGACAUAGAGAAGAACACCAUGGUGAUUGAAUACAAUGGAACCGUCCUCCGCAAUGAGGUGGCCAUCAAGAAGCAAAGGACUUACAAGUCUCAGAAUCGUGGAGUGUUCAUGUUCCGCAUCGACAGUGAACGUGUUGUUGAUGCCAGUCAGACAGGAGGUCUGGCAAGGUACAUCAAUCACUCUUGUACCCCGAACUGUGUUGCUGAGGUGGUAACCUUUGAAAGAGGUUAUAAAAUCAUCAUCACCUCCAACCGCAGAAUCGAGAAAGGAGAGGAGCUGUGUUUCGACUACCAGUUUGACUGUGUGGACAGCCAACACAAGAUUGCCUGUCACUGUGGAACAGCAGACUGCAGGAAAAGGAUCAACUGAAAAAAAACAAGAAUGACAACAAAUGCAUUCCUUUCCAUAUUAUGCAGAUGCCCUGAGCUCUGUGUAGACAGAGGUGCUUCAGGCUGUCCUUUCUUAGAACGAGUGGAAGACCUGAGUAAGCCCUGAGAGCGAUGCAUGGAUGGAGUCCCAUGUUUGUAAACAGACUGAAGAUGGACAGGAGAGGGCUUGGAAAGAGGCGAGCAGGAAGAAGCAACAGCAGAUAGACGUGUGAUUUGUGCCAUAUUACAUGAGGCUGGGUUUUAUUCCAAGACCUCUGUCAACGAGUGGAUGUGUCUGUGUAUUAGUGAGAUGAUAUACAAUAGGGCGCAGAAGAGAAUCCACCAGCGAAUGAGAAGAGAGCACUGUGUGGGUCACGGACCUUAUUGGUUGUUAAGGGCAGGCCCUUUUGUUUAAAACUUUAAAUGUAAAACAGUUUGACUAAAUGUAGAAUUCACUGAAUGGGGAAUGUACAGCAAUGACUACAGCGAAGGGAAUAUUAACUUGCACUAAAAAAAAAAAGAGACACGUACACACAACUUUAAGAUACUUGAUUCCAUGAGUCAGUUUUAUCAUAGGUUUCUGUCAUGUGAUUUGAGUGAAAUUCGAGGGGACGUUUUGUAUUUAUUAUUGAGUGAAUGAAUUUUAUUGUCAAAAUGACGAGACAGUAAAACGAAGGUUAAACUGAUAGUUUUCUGAAGAUUGAAGAAAUGCUCUUACUUUUGUACAAAUGUAUAUAAAGAAAAAUAUAGGAAUAACUGACCAAAUACUACCUUAACCUUCUCAAUGUUUGGGUGUUUUUUUUUUUGUCAUUGCAAUUUAUUUAAGAAGGAUGUCAUGAUAUCAGUUUGAGAGUAUAUAUUAUGAUUAUUCUGUACAGAAUUUGUAAAAUAACCACAAUAAUUCAAAGUAUUUUUGGUUUAUUAAAAGUAUGAUAUUGUAGUGUAGUGUUUUUGUGAUUUACACGUACUUUGACCACUCAAAAAGAAAUAUUUUUGGUGACUAACGAGUGUAGAAAAGAGUCAUUGGUUACAGAAUUUCAAAAUGGGAAAGACAUCAUUCUGACAUCUUUGCUGUUAAUCAGGUUUGAUUUUAUAGAACUGUGAAUAAGGUUUUUAAACCACCCAAACACAAUUUUAACUUCUUUUUAACCCAAAUAGGCAUAGGAAUACCACCUUGUUUUUGUGUUGUUUUUUUACAUAGAUAUUGUGUACAGACGUCCAAUAACAUUGCUUACUGCUUCAGGCGAUUUGAAAUUAAGGUGUACUGGGAAAAAAUAAUCAUGUUUCUUGCAAAGGAAAAGGUUGGGACAUUUGGUGGUGCUAUAUUUUGAAAAGAGAAAUGUAUCUGAUAUGGACACUUCACAAGCCACUUACAAUAGUUAGAAAAUGCAAGAUGUUUUGCGUACACAAUUUCAAGUCGACUGUAAAAUUUUGGAGACAGUCUUAGAACUUGUAAUGUAUAUGGCAUGUAUUUUUUUAACUUUCCGAAGACUCAAUUGUAUAUAUUUUCUCAAUGAAUGGUUGUAACAAAAUUAUUUCUUGGAUAUUUUUCUUCUCUUGUAUAAAAUGACAUCAUCCUGCCAGUGUGUUUGUGCUACAUUUUUCUUGGUCCUGUAAAGUAGUCAAUGUUUUUUGAAAACAGCCUUUUGAAGUGUACAGAGUAAUGAGAUUUGGAGUUUGUGUAAUUGAAUUUAGAAGCAUUUACAAAAUAAACUAUUUUACAUCUUAA